GUCAUAUGGAAACGAUAUAGGAAACGACAAAACGCCGUCGUUUUUCAGUUUUGAAUCAAUGGCCACGAAACCGAUGAUACGAUUUGUCAACCUCUCGGAGGAAUGCAGCCAAGUUUGCUCAGAUUUGUCACGAUGAUCGCACUACUAGUUAACGUGACUUGCAUCCGGGACGAUCUUAAAAAUAGCAGAAACGUUCGAUCGAGGGAAGCCAAUCUGAUCGUUCGAAAUUCGAGAAGAGAGAACUCGCAAGGGAACACGGAUUUGAAAAUGGAAAGAGCUAAGAUCAGAGAGACUCGAGAUCAAAAUCAACACGAAGAGGAUUAUGCGGAUAAACUUAUGAACCCCAAUGAGAUAGUCUUCGACUCGCAACCGAGUCAUAUGAGCAGAUUGGCGCAGAAAUUUGCUAACGACGCUCUUAAGUCUUUCAAGAUGCGAGAAACCAUAAAUAAACUCGUGAAUAUCAACUCUUCUCGGAACAAUGCGGAUACUUAUUCGCUACUUUCCGUAGAAGAAAACUUCGCACGGAAAUCUAAUCUAAAACCGAAUCAUCCGAAAUCUUCGAAGCAUAAAGGCAGAAAGAAAAAAAAACGGAGGAGGCAUAGACGUCGACGUAAACGACUGAAACAUCGAGAGCCUCGGUGGUCCAAGAAGGCAUCCGCUAAGGCAGAUUACGACUCCAAAAGAACAAAGACUCUGGUAAAAGGGACAUCAUUUAAAGGAAAAAAAUCUAAUAUUCAUUCUAAAAAUAAAACUAAAAAGGCAUUACACCAAGAAGUAUCUGAUGACGGUAAAUUCGCAAUUGAUAAUGUAACAGUCAUUAUGGAUGUAGAGGACUACAUCGAUCUGACUGAAACAUCAAUUUUAAAUACCGCGAUAACUACAAUUACAGAUGCAAUUACGAAAACAAAUAAUAAGACCGAACGAGACAACGAAAAGCGAAGUAUGAUAGAUCGAUUGAUGAGAACGACUACGAAGGAUCCAUUGAAGAAAAAUUCCGGCGAUCAAGGAGCAGAAUAUGCCGAAUAUUACAACGAUAUCGACGAAUUCGAAGGGGAAAUAGAGAAACGUCCUCGUGCCAGAUCCGUUCGUCAAAGUUAUACCAUAUCUUCUCCAUAUAAUGACAAUCCAAUGUACUUUCAGCCGGAACAAUUAUCCUCGAACAGGAGACUUCAAAAGAUCAGAUCUAAUCGAAAUUUGAAUGACAAUUUCUAUACGUACAAUGAAAAUUUUCAGGAAUAUCAAACUGAAAAGGAUCCAAAAAUGGAUCAAGAAAACUUCGAUACCAAUUCACUAAUUCUAAAAUCAAGUGGAGAUCAAUACACUUUACCAUUAGAUACAGAUGAGCAAAACAUGUAUAAUAAUUAUGGAUUUAAUUUAGGAAUAUUGCAACCAGAACAAGAACAAAACUAUCCAAAUAAUUAUGGUUCAUCGCUGCAAAAAAGCGAUGAAAAAUAUCUUUAUCCCUUAAACGAUAAUACCCAAGAAGAUCUAAUGAACGAUCACUUUCAAUUACAUUCCGAAGAAAUUCCUACACCUCAAAUUAAUAACAAUGAAGAAAAUACGCUUGAAAUAAAGAAUCCUACAGACAUCUAUUCGGAACCAUACGAAAAAACUUUUGUUUUACCUUCAGAAAAACAACAAUUACAUUAUAUUCCAAUAUACAAAAACAAGGAUCAAAGAAAUCAUUUAUAUCUCGUGAAUCCUUCCCAAAUUCAAACUGGAAUAUAUAAUCAAAAUAGUGUGGAUACGACAAUGGAUAUAAACAACAACUUGUACAACCCUGUUGUUGAUAUUUUGCCUAAGAAGAAUGUUCAACCUGUAGAAAGAUUUUUGACUCCUGUUUAUCUCGAUCGCGAGGAAAAGUGGAAUAAGAAAAAUGAAUCUAAGGAUGCGAUGACCUUGAACCAGCAAAUGACUAGACGUGGACUUCAAAAGGGAGUUAAGAACAUGAAGAAUAAAUCGAACGUUCAUAAACAGUCGCUAAUUGCAAAAAAAAAGGGGGAAUCAAAAAAAGAAUUUAUAGAACGUAAAAACGGUAUUAGAAAUCGGAAUUCCGUAGAGGAGGACGUUGCAAAUAGGCACCACGUUAAUAUUGCUGUUGCUGUUAACGAAACGAAAGAAGUUGCUGAUCAGAUACUCAAUAGAAUUGUCGAUGAAUUAGAAGAAAUUAAGAUGGAUCAUACGACAGAUAAAAAUAAUGAAGGUUUACCCUGCAAACUGACGGGAUCAUGGGUGACGAACAAGGCUGGAGUGAGAUUAGAUAUGAAAGUUUUAAAUAAAAGUAUAAUAGUCACGUUGGCAAAUCUCAUACCUCAACCUUUGCAUGAAGGACUUCUGAACACAACGUGGAACGUAACAGGCCAUGCUCCAUUCAGACAUGGCGCACCGUUUUCCUUGCUCGCUUAUGACAAUCAUACUAAAACUUUAGCAAUUUUCGUUGGUUCUUGCAAAGUAUGUCAAGGAAUUGAUACGAUCCAAGGUGUUUGGUCGGUUGCACAUGAGCCAAGAGACUGUCGAAAUUUUCAAAUGGCUAUUGGAAUAUUUAAUGAUAUAUUCCGAAGAACUAAACUUCUGUCAGCGAUAAAGGAAAAAAAGAAGGUUAUUCUUCAGAAUAUAAUGGGAAAUAACACUAACACAACUUCAAACAACGUUUUUCCAAAAAAUGAAAACGAAAAGAGUUAACUAUUCAUAAAAAUACGAUUAUUCGUAUAUAUUAUUAUAUCAAAAAAUAUAUUGUAAAGAUUUGUAAUAAAUUGUUUAUUAGGA